GUGGGCUCAAAACGAUCCGUAAUCCGCGGCACUCACAUCACACUGUCAUUGUCAAUGACGCGAUCUGUAUCUGGAAAAAGUAUAAAUUAACGUUGUCGUUGAUUUUUUAAAAGUUAUUAACAUGAGGAUCAGUCAAGCUGCAAGAGAUAGGAUUUUGACGAAAUUUCCACAGCCCUAUAAAGAUGAAACACCCUAUAAAGAGACUGAUUUUGAUCCUAAAGUAAGAGAUGCAUGCUUGGCCAAUAAGACUGGAACAGUAGGUUUGCAGGUUUCCAAGGUGAUAGUUGUAGGGGAUGUCUCUGUUGGUAAGACCUGUCUAGUGAACAGAUUUUGCCAUGAAGUUUUUGAUCGUGACUACAAGGCCACUAUAGGAGUUGAUUUCGAGGUGGAGAGAUUUGAUGUUUUAGGGAUACCAUUCAAUCUCCAGCUAUGGGACACUGCAGGUCAAGAGAGAUUCAAGUGUAUAGCAGCUGCAUACUAUAGAGGAGCUCAUGUUGUAGUUAUUGUUUUUGAUAUGAAGGAGUCCUACACAUUAGACCAUGCAAAGAGAUGGUAUCAAGAAUCAUUACUGGAAAACACUCAUGAUCCUCAUAUAUUCCUUGUGGGAACCAAACGAGAUUUAUGUGAAACACAGGAUGAAGUUCAUGAAGUGGAGAAGGCUGCAAUGGAGGUUGCUAAAGAUAUUAAUGCAGAAUACUGGACAGUUUCUUCAUUAUCAGGUCAAAAUGUUGAGGAAUUCUUCAACCGCCUAGCAGGUAUAACUUUCAAUUCAUCAGUACUGAAAGCUCUGGAUGAUCUUGAGGCCAAGUCAGCUAGUCGACAGAUUGCCAUCUCACAAAGCAGUGAGAAUAGAAUAAAAUUGAAACCUGAUGAUAUAGAUGGAAGGUCAAAGGAUAAGAACAAAAAAGCAGGAUGCUGCAAUUGAGACAGUUACAUGUACACUAUCCUAUGAAAGAUGAAACUUGGUACAAGCACAGAGUCUGACGGUUGUUUUAACCCCUGACAGAAGCAGGAGAUAUUAUGAUGUCGCUCAAGACUUUGAAGAACUAUUCUCCUGUUUGCAUGGAUGCAUCAUCUAGACUCUUACUAGUGCUACUGACUGUCAUUGGCUAUUGCUUACAUGAACUGAUGUCUGUUUGGUGAAAAACUUCUUGGACAAUAUGGUUCUCUCUGUAUACAUGUGGUUCUUGCCUUUUUCAUACGGGAAAGCUUUAGUUCUCAUGAUGAUUGACUUCUGAAGUGGCUGAUACUCUAGUGGGAAAGACUAACACAGAUCCAUAUCAAGUGUGUGGAUGGAGACAUAUUCUGACAAUCUUUUCAACAAUAAUGAUUCAGUGAGGCAAUCAAGAGGGAAUAACAUCAAAACUUCAGGAAUAGCUUAUGAAACAUGAUGCUCACCAAUUUGUCCCUCAAAAAGUGAGAAUGUGAAUAAAGUAAAUACCAAGGGCUGCUACAGAGCUUUAUGCAUAACUAGUAACUCUUCUUGUGCAUAAUGGGAUACCCCCAGUUUCCUGUUUUGGUAUAUCGGGGGUGCAUUUUCUAUAACCCUGGUCAAAUUUAAUGAAAAAUUACUGAAUUCAAUGCAAUCAAAUUCUUGUUAACAAUGUAAUUUUUGUAAAAAAAGAAGGAAUUUCAACUUCUAAAGCUGAUCAGAUUGAAAAAGAAUGAGAAUGUGAUUUAGCACCCAAGAAAGUGUAAUCAGUCAUGUGUGUCUUAAAAACAGUUCUAUGGAACAUCAACCUGGUAUCAGGAACAUGAACUCUACUUGGACUCAUUCAAAACCCUAAUUCCCUGGAUAGGUAUAAAGAAUCAUCUAUUAUUGUACUAUACUGAUGAAAAAUCAUGUGAGACCUUUACUUUGAGGUCAUCAUCAAUGAAGGGAUAAAACAGUGCUUGUUAAUUCAAAAGAACAUUUGAUGUUUACAUUUUAGUAUGUCAUGAAACUGAUUCCUAGUACUGUAUCUCCAGUUUGUAGCUCUGUCCAUUGGUUGAUUUCAAGAUCAGUAUUGAUGUUGAAAGCCCAAAUUAGAUUGCCUUCCCUUUCUCCAACACCUAGGGCCUGUAACACAAAGCUUAACAAUCAUUGUACAACAUUUUUAACGAUUGAUUGCAUUGGCUACAAUGUACAAUUAAUGGCGAAAAUCAAGCGUAUGAUCAAUCACUAACCUUUGUGUUAAGGGACCUAGAUCUGAGUUUACAAGCAUGGUUCAAAUCACAUCAGUGCAUCCUGUCCCAAGGUCAGUCCCAAAUUUGAAUUUUUAUGCUAUGCUGAUGUUCAAAUUGCUUUAACACCAACACCAAAAGGUCAACACCUUCCUUGAAUCACCCAUUUGCAAUUGGCAAGAAAACAAAAAUACUAACUAUCCAUUCAUUUCUUGCAUAAAGAUUGGAUCUUGAUCAAUUUUGUCUAUAUUAUCGGUUUUAUGUAGUACUAGUAUAAAGGGCAUUCAGAGUUAUACAUUAUAGCAUGUAUUCUGAACUCUGUCUGCUGUUCUGGUUUAACUAUUAGCUAAUUAUGACACAAAUAUUAACAGAACAGGAUUGAUUUCAUAUCGGAUCAUUUGACCCAAUUUAUAACUGUUUGGGAAUGUUAAGGAAUUAAAAUUGAAGCAAGCUAUUGAUUGGACAAUUUAAUUUGGAAUUAUGUUGUUCCUCUUUGAUUGUGCUGUGUAGUAAUAAAGUUGAUUCAUGAAUCAUGUGAUCUGAAUGUGUAUUCAGUACAUUGAAAGCACAUGAAAGUCUGAUUGUCAUGUUAAAUUGCCAUUUUUAAAACAUGAGAAACCUGAAAAUUUGUGGGAAAGUUUAUAUUAUUUCAAGCUAUUUUACUUGCUGGUCAAGUCAUCUGCUGCUUUACACCUCACAUUCAUUUUGAUUUUAUUUCAUUUCCAAGAUAUGUAGUUUGUACAUAAUUGAACAGUUAGCUAUAGAUGCUAUUUUGUACUUUUUAUUUUUUGUUUAGUUUUAUUUUUCAUAGUUCUGUGUGUGAAGUGAGAAUAAUUUUGUUGAUGACUAUGAAGCUAGACAUGAUGCAAGAAAGCUCAGCAGCAUGCUUUCUGUGUUUUCUGUGAGACAAAUCAUCCCACUUUUGCAUGUAAUGUAGGCUUCAUCUCUGAAAAUUCCAAUUUUGCAUGGAAAUCUCAUGACAUUAAGCACUUAAGCAUAGAAUGAUACAUCCACAUAGAUAAUUGGUAUGAGAUGAUGUCAGAGAAAGGCAUGCCAUAUGCGUCAGGUCCUCACCCUCGCCAAGUAUCAAAAGUGAGAAACCUCCCCACCUCAAUUCUGCCGGACAGUGCCGGUCUAAAUCAUAGUCGACUUGCGCGUGAGUGACGUCAUUUCAACCACUAUAGCUCAGCAUAAAGAUCAAUGCAAUGGAACUUUUCCCUCAUAGAACACAGUGUUCAGUGACUUUUCACAAAAUUAAUGUAAGUUGUACGAUGGUUUAUGUUUAUCAUAUUUGAAAUUGCUUUCUGAACUCCAAAAUAUACAGGUAACUUUACCUAAGUUGACCUUCCAUAAUGUAAGUCGAAUAAUCGCCUAUUAAGUAGAAGCAAUUUUUAGACCAGAUUAUUGAAAACAUGUUGUAUACCUCUUAUACCGUAUGUCAAAAUUUAAGUGGAAUAGAUUUCUCUGAUCCCAAGAGAUUUGACCUAGGCAGAGUUACCUGUAUAUCACCAUAUGAAAAAGUCAUGUAAAAAAGAAUCAACGCAAGUGUGCACAAGUUGCACCUUUGCAUCACCCAACCAGGUCAUGAAACGAAGGUACAUGUACGCCAGAUCUUCCGGGCUGGGCAGCGUGUCAUGACCCGCUAGUUAUCUUGCUAUUUCAUGUGGACGAACGUGCACCUACAGUGAAAUCUAAGAUAUUUGUAUCUGUAGUGAGCAAAGACAGACAACUACGUUGACACACAUGAUGUGGGGAUGAAUAUCAUACGCAAAAUGAUUGUU